UAUGUGAUACUCCAGACACGACCCCGCCUUUAUCUUAGACUAAAAACCAAAUUUUCAGACAAAUAUUGUGAUAAACGCGUCGUCCCUGGCAAUAUUUGUUAGGAAAUAGCAAAAAUAAAAUAAAUGAUUUGUUUAUAUCUUCGUUCUAAAGGGGCAUCUAAACCGGCGUGAACCAACCACCGUGCUGGACACGUGACCGGGCGGGAGUGGGCGGGGCCAGAGCAGUGUGGGCAUGGCCAUAGCGGUGUGGGCGAGGCCUCGGGUCACGUGUACGUCACCGUGUAGCGACGUCAGCGGCGGCAGUUGCAGCAGUAACGACAGUAACGGCGGUAACGGCGGUAACGAGGCGAAGAGAGCCGUCUAGACGAGUCCGGGAGCCCUCGACUGGGACGCAGACCUGCAGGAGAACGACACGUCAGAAAAGGUCUACUUAGUGUCAUUUCAUCCUCCGCUACAGCCUCUGAUAUGCCGAGGUAGUUCCUUUGAGAGCCUGCUGAUCCAUGGACGUUGUCAGUACAUCAGGGAAGGACAUGAGUACCAAGAGGAAGGCAGGGAGUCACCUGAGAACGGCGAACCAGCAGCACAUCAUGAAGCGUGGGCAUUCCCGCGCUGACUCCGAGAGAGACUCCGGAUUUUCAGAUGCGAGCUCGGAGCACAUGAGCACAAUGGACAACACAGACUCGGAGGAUUCUGUACAGCAGGGAUCAAAGACGACUGGUUCGGGGCCCAUGUCCUCUCAAUUGGCCGUUAUGGGAGGUUCCUACUCGAGUCUCUCUCCAAUGAUCAUAAUGAACAACGUCUUGCUUAAGCAGCCUGUGGAUAAUCCUCCUGCACUGAAACCCUGGGGAUUUAGUCCGACGGUGGAGGUCGUGCAGCCCGUGGUCCAGCAGCCUCAAGUGGUCUUUCUCCAGCCUGUGGUCUCUCGUCAAAGUUCCCCUGCCUCCAAAGAGGCCACUUCCAGAAACCGACGAUCCAAGAAGUAUCUUCCAAUUCUGAAAUCUUAUCCCAAGAUUGCUCCACAUCCUGGGGACAGUGCUAGUUCGUCAGGAAGAGGAAGCGCUUCCUCAUCUUCUUCCUCUUCCUCAGGGUCAGAGAGAGGUAGCGCUUUGACCCCCAAGCAGUGGGAGCAUCGUCAGAAAGAGAAGAAUCUGUGCAGUAGCGAAAGUAACUCUGGUUCAGCAACUCCGUGUCUUCCUGCUACCCCUAGUACUGGGUCUCAUCUGACCCAGAGCAGACUUUCACUUCCAACAACAGAAACCAGCACCAGCAGUAGUCCCGACACGGAGAAGCCUUCAUCAGCUAUCAGCCAGGCUGACAUUUUGUCGUCCUUGUCUUUCGCUCACAGCACUGACUCUGAAAACCAUACACUCCCCGUUUCUCAGGCAGACUCCCUGGACAUUAUGUCUUCAGGAGAUUACAGCGACAGUGACUGUGACACAAAAAGGAAGCGCUUCUGCAACACGUACAACAUCCUGAGCAAGUCUGGUCUGCUGGACAUCACGCUCCGCACCAAAGAGCUUCUCCGGCAGAACCGACGCACGCAGAACGAGUUGGAUCGUCUCCGAGAAGACACCGACCUCUUCCUUCAAGCUCUGCAGAGUGGCGACACUAGCAUUUGGGUUAAGCUGCAGGCCGGUCUUCGAGAGGAAGAAAGGGAGAAAGCUAUUCAGACCAGUUUAAAAGCAGAUUAGACCUAAUGCCUACCUAAUAUCUAAUACCAGGUAGUAAUCUGUUUGACUUGGAUAGGACAGACCACCAGAAACGGGGGGCGGGUGCAUGCACUAAGACAGAUGGACCAAAAACAAUGUGCUACACAAUAUUGACAGUAUAUACCCACCCCCCCACCAGACUCUCAGACAGCGCACUGUGGCCUACAUUCUGGCUGCCGGCUGCCUUAGGGCCCUGACACACCAAGCCAACCUGGGAAAAAAGGGACAAAUUAGCUCAGACAGUGACCUUUGGGUAAAAGUUGCACUAUAGUGUUAAAACUCACAGUAACAUUGCAGAUGGUGGCAUUUAACCAACAAUAUGCAUUUAUGUGAGAAGCUCCAGAAAUUAAGAUUGGAUGCCCUCAUAAAAAUCUGAAUUAUUUACCAACUCACAGAUGGAGCACAGUUGGUAGACCGAAGGAUAGAGGUUGAUCAGUACAGGUUUUUAGAAAUCAGGAGAGCCAAUGCCCAUACAUAUAUGGAUUGGAUGGAUUUUGAAUAUCAUGGUAUUUGGGGAAUAUAUAAUAACUUGUGAAUUUAGACAGUUAUUUAUAAUAGAUACUCAGUCAACCUCUACUGAAGGUUGUGUUUUUGCAUGAGCUGAUAGUAGGGAUGGGCGGUAUGGACUAAAAAAUGUAUCACGAUCAUUUCUGGCAUUUAUCCCGAUAACGAUAAAAAUGACGAUAAAAAAAAUACCAAAAACGUCAUCAAUGGGAAUUUAUCCUUCUUUCUUUCUUUCUUUCUUCCUUUCUUUCUUUCUUUCUUUCUUUCUUUCUUUCUUUCUUUCUUUCUUUCUUUCUUUCUUUCUUUCUUUCUUUCUUUCUUUCUUUCUUUCUUUUUUUCUUUCUUUCUUUCUUUCUUUUUUUCUUUCUUUCUUCCUUCCUUCCUUCUUCCCUUCCUCUUUUCUCCCAUCCUUCCUCCUUUCCGUGUUUUCUCCCUUCCUUCUCCCCUUUCUUUCCUUCCUUCCUUCUUUUGUCCCUUCCUUCCUUCUUUCCUUGUUUUCUUCCUUCCUUCCUUCCUUCUUUUUUCCCUUCCUUCCUUCUUCCCUUCCUCUUUUGUCCCUUCCUUCCUUCCUUCCUUCCUUCCUUCCUUCCUUCCUUCCUUCCUUCCUUCCUUCCUUCCUUCCUUCCUUCCUUCCUUCCUUCCUUCCUUCCUUCCUUCCUUCCUUCCUUCCAAAAAUCAGUUUUACACAAAAACGUCAUCAACGGGAAUUUAUAAUUUUUACCGCGGGAUGACAAAUUCUUAUCGUGAGGAAUUUUUUUGACGGUUUAUCGUGAACGGUAAAAUGUCACCCAUUCCUAGCUGAUAGUCAUACGAUAGCAUACGAGGACUGGGCUGUCACCUUCUCUCUUCAGGAGUCCUGUCAUCUCCAGAAAUACUCAGAUGGCCGCGCUUGUGCGUCACAGCUAGACAGAAGGAUGAUUACAGAGAAGUCGCGGAACACUUUGUGGCAUCGUUGGGGAACAAUCCCCAACAAUGCAGAUAUCUGGUUUUUCACUUAGACAGUCGACUCUACAGGAAAUGUAAUAGGAAACUGUGCCGGGUGACAGAAAAGACGUCAACAUACCGGUAUUUGCAGCAAGAUUUCUUUCUAUCUGUCCGGUGCAGAGUUUCAUUUACUUUCAGGUGUGUGUUGGGACAGCAGUGUCAGAGCCAGUGGGUCAACUGGUACAGAAGGCUGGCUUGGUGCAGGAAGUUGCUCUGGAGCUUAUUAUUGUAAGAUGUAGCUCCAGUUACUUGGCACAGUGGACAACAUUCCACAUCCUUUAAGCGAACGUACUAGAACGCCACAAUGAACCUUCAUCCAGAUGCGUCUCCAGCUCUGCUGCGAUAAGGACCGGCCCAGAAGUCCCUGCCCACCUCGAUGGCCUUUCAUAACAACUCCGUGCCAGGAAACCGGACUCCUUUUUGGAUGAAAUUUAUGAUUCACCUGCCAUUUUAUUUUAUCUUAUUUUUAAAACUUUUGAUAAAUAAUGCACUGCGACAAUUUUAAUUUCUCGUUGGGAUUAUUAAUGUACUUUUUUCUAUAUUUUGUUUUUGUGUGAGAGCAAGUAAAGAAAAAACGCUGUUUUUCUUUGCGUGUGUGGAACAGAGUGAUGGACAAUUACAGGCUUCAAGUGCAGCUCUGAACUACCGUCAGCUUGGUACGCUGAGGGUUAAAGGCCAGAGCCAGAGCGCACUAUUCUUCCAGACUGAGGUCGUCUACUGAAAACAGCCUUUGUGUUGGAGGAAAAGAAGUUUUCAGCUUAUUGGUGGACAAGACCAAAACACUCAGAUGCUUGGAUCUGAAGGAGGAAGGGAAAGAAAAUACACAACUCUUUUUUUCUUUGCAAAAUGCACAAAAGAGGUGCAGCAUCUCAAAGCUUAUUUUAAACGUCUGAGACUUAAACAUUUAAAUCAAGCAUACAAGAAGAUUUGCAUCUUGGAUGGAGGAAAAAAAACCUACCAUAUGGUAACCAUCCUGACAUUGACCAGACUCUUGUUACAGAAAACUAAACGCACUGUUUUGUUGUUUCAACUGAGGCAACAAUCGUAGCAGUCAAGCUGUUUCCCACAGAUGUCGCUUCAUGAACAGUUAUCAGUGACAUUAUUCAACUCACUUUGUACAGUUAACAGUCAUGCAAAAAUCUGUGUUCAUGCCAUGUUGAAUGUGUUUGGAGCAUCUCGUGAGCUAAAAUCAUAAACCAGACAAACUUGCACCUGAAGUGUCUUUGCAUUGCCAUCAUGUUGAUGGUAGGUGUUCCUAUCCAAACUGGCUGCAAGUAAAUACUUUUAAAACAGUUUCGGCGAUUCCCUGCUAAAAUCCCACUGUAAAGGCUGUUGACUAUAAUUGAACCAUAUUUAUCUGACUCGUAAGUUCUUUCAUUUGUGUCAUUUUAAUACAGGUUUAAUUUAAUCUGGCAAGAUUUUUCAGGUUCAAGUGCAGUCUUUUUUGUUUUUCUUGUACUGUACAUGUUUUUUCUAUAAGCUUAUGCUUAAGUUUUCAAGUCAAGUUUCUUCAUAAAUAGCUGUAACCGAGCAUCACCUUUUGGAUAUUUUGUGUCCGUUUUUUUCUAUGUCCACUUUAAGAAAUGUUUUAGAUAUUUUACUGUUUUAACAUAUUUUUUUUCAUUAAGUAAGGCCUUAAAGUUAAACUCGAUGUAUGUAAUGGAGCAUUUGCACUAAAAUAAUCCAAAACAAGCUCUAAAGCAUUAGUGUGCCGAAUUUAAUGGCAGCUAUGGUGUUGUAGCGCAUUUAAGAUGCACAAGACAAGUGUGUGUUUUGUUUUUUCUAUGUGAAGUUGUUUGACAUUUAUAUGCAGACCAUCCUAUAAAUACAGCAGCUUCAGCACAAUCAUGAAACUCCUAAUAGUUUAUCGACAUUCUGACAUGUUACCUACAUUAAACUAUGUAAAGAUGUUUGUCA